AUGACUUCAUAUCAACAGGAAACUGGAAGGAGGGCGAAGUAUGACGACUCUAUCCCAGGAAUUUGGUCUCACAGCAUUGUUUUACGCGCAUGGGAGCGUUCCGAACCACAGGCUGCCCGAAGAAGAGGAAGUGGUCGACUGCGGUCAACUACAGCAGGUCCGAUUGCAGCAUUUAGCAGUUACCAAAGCGCGCAAUCUCAUGAUCCACAGCGACACGACGACUACAUGCGGUUAGUCUUUUUGCUCGAUGACCAGUACGUUGUGUUCCAUUGCCAUCCGCACAUCCGUGGCACAGCUGCUUAUCGUGGAGUUAAGAGAAGUGGACCAACGAGGAGUGGGUCGCGGGCUCUUCUCUUCUUCCGACAGCAGUUCGAAACGCUCUCCAUACACGUGAAACAAUGCUGUGACCGGUACCAAACUCCUGGGAGACCCCAGGCAAGAUACUCUUGCACUUCCAUUCAUUUCCGCUAA